AUGUGCAACUCCUGUUGUGGAUCCUGCUGUUCCGGCCAGGGCUGUGGCUGUUGCCAGCGCAGGUGCUGCCAGACCACCUGCUGCAGAACCACCUGCUGCCGCCCCAGCUGCUGCUGUAGCUCCUGCUGCCGCCCCAUCUGCUGUAGGACCACCUGCUGCAGGACCACCUGCUGCCGCCCCAGCUGCUGCCGCCCCAUCUGCUGUAGGACCACCUGCUGCAGGACCACCUGCUCCCACCCCAGCUGCUGUGGUUCCUGCUGCUGCAGCCCCUGCUGUGGUGGCUCCAGUGGCUGUGGUGGCUCCAGUGGCUGUGGCUCCUGCUGCUGUCACCCCACCUGCUGCCAGACCACCUGCUGCCAGACCACCUGCUGCCGCCCCAGCUGCUGUAGCUCCUGCUGA